AUGAACGGCACAUCGCACGUACAGGAAGCGGCGAGAAACGCGGCCCGGUUGGCGGACUCGCGCAGGGAACACUCCAUACACAAGCCGCAUGGCGCCCCAGACCGCAUGAGCCGGCAGGGCCACGCAAACCGCCUGUCAGACCUCGCCAUCCACAAGCUGAGCGACCUCUUUGACUUUGAACACUUCUUUAAAGACCACGUGCCGUCGGGGCUGCCGUCAGAGCUGCCGGCCGUGGCGGCCCACGAGUAUACACUGGCUCCGCAUGGCGGCGGUGCGCGCGGCGCGGGCGAUGAGUCCGUUUUCGCGCCGCUGGACGUGAGUGAGAGCUCUGGUUCCCACAUGCUAGGCCUCCCACCUCCUGCCCCGUGUCAGAUCGACCUGGCGGCGCGCGCAGCGCACGAGGUGCCCUGUGCCUACAACUCCACUCUGAUGAAUUACGAAAGCCAACUGUUUUUGCAUGACUUGAUCUCGGGCGACAUAUAUGAUGAAUAA